AUGUAUACAACAACAGACCUCAUACAGACGCGGGUCGCUCCAGCACACUUGUUUGUUAUUGUCUACUUUCUACAGUGGUUGUUUGUGGCGAGUACCGCAUCUGGCGAGAGUGUUCAUGCGAUCUUCAAAAUAUCGAAAUCUGGAGAUGCACCCUUCUUCAAACAAGCUGAGAGGCACUGCGAGCGCGCUAAAAUGCGUCUUGCGACGCCGACGACGGCAAAGGGGGCGACUGCUGUGAAGAAGUUGCUGAAACGCUGCGGUCCAUCUGAUGUACCCGUACUUGGCGGUGGCCUAAGCGUGCGAUGCAGCAGUAACUCUUUUUUCUUCUUGUGGUCACCGAAACUGGAUGAACCCAAGUACCCUGUUGAGGACACAGCACCAUACUGCGGGGAACGCGAUCCGCGAGGGUGGGGGACCAAGUGUGUGACAAGGAACAGGAGUGCGGGGAGGUUAUUUUACCAAUUUCAUACAUCUGAGGGCGAGAAAGGGAACUGUACCGGACCUGUGACAAUGGACUAUGACCCGGCGAUUCUCUAUGAAUUGGAGGUCCCUAGUGCUGGUGAGGAGGGUCUCCUCGCAUGGGUUGUCUCGCGUGGUGGCAAGAACGGAAGCACUGCUGCGCUUAGGAGCCUUCGAUCAGACUUGGAGGACACAUCCCGCGCAUACAUUGGAGAUUCGAGCAAAAUGAUCGAGUACGUCCUGUGUGAGGGUGGAAGGUCCUCCGUCGUGUCUUCCACAUCAUGCUAUUCCGUUUCUUAUGCUUCUGUGCCAAAUGUUGGCGGUUCAAGUCGAACGGGUGUUCAUUGGUUGGUGAUUGUCUUCCUCUCCUUCAUCGGAUUGAUUGUGUUAUGUGUAGUAACCCUGUCUAUUGUCGGUGGAGUUACGAAAAAAGUAACCGCAGGGAAUGUUGAUCGGGGAGACAACACUGGUAGUGGACGGCGACGAACCUCUUUGUCUCACAGCAGCUGGCAUGUAAUGAGCCAACCAGGAGGCAGCAGCGGGAUUCAAUAUUCUCGUCGUGGUAGCCAGCCGGGUAACAUCCUUUCUCCGCUUCAAGAUGCUGCGAGCAUUAACAUGCAACGCUAUGAAAGCGAUGGGGUAGCCGCUGUACCUCGGCAAGGAAGCUUUAACGGCAGAAACACACAACAGCGAAGUAGUUUACCAACAAACGUAAAUCAAGCGCAACAAAAUUACAACACAAACAGAGUUACGUCACAAGUAAGCAAUUAUAGCGCAAGCUUACAUCGUCUCGGGAGCUUCCGUGGCCCCAUCAUCCAUCGUCAAGGAAGCUUCAACAACAUUACCUCCGUACCAGCAGGGAAUACCUAUACUGGGGGUUUAUCGCGUCCUGGGAGCUUCCGUGGCUCAAGCCCCAACCAUCAAGGAAGUUUUAACCGUAGUGAUAUAUUUCGCGAUCCUAGUCUCUAUGGUGAAUCUCCUCCUCACGGUGAUCCACGCUUGGGUUUAAACCCUCUUCGGGACAUUGGCUACGACAGGGGAAAUGCCCCAGAGCAGGUGAGCCUUUCUUCGGUCGGUAUGGCCCAACAGGGCAACUUUGCAAACGUUGGUGCACGUGGCGGGAGCUUCCGAGGAAUAAACCGCAACCAACAAGGAAGUUUCCGCAACUCGAACCCGCCGUCUGGUGGUUUGUUUAACACGUAG